CGCGGCUCCGAGCGCGGCUGGGCAUCUCGCUCCUGCUAGCCUGGGAAGAGCCAGGCGCGGCGGACGGUACGGAGAAGGGAGAGAAAGACCGACAGCGCUUGCUCGGGCGGAUUUAUUCCUUUACGCGGGACUCGCCGCCGGGCUCUGCGAUCGAGGGACUGGAGCCGAGCUGCCUUCCUCAGCCGGCUGUCCAGCGAGGGAUGGAGCCCGCCCCGCAGCACGGAGUAGCGGCGCAGCGCUGAGGCGGCCGAAGGAGGUGAGGGCUUGAAGAUCCAACCAAGAGCCAAGGGAUAAGAAGAGAUAACAGGAUGACAGCCCUGUUGCGCGGCCUUCUUAGGUUCCUUGCAGUGGCAACAACAUGGGCUUGGCCAGCUUCUUCCACAGAAGGAACCAUGGAUCCAGAGAUGUUUCACAGCCACAUGCUGGAGGCAGAGGAGGAGCACCUGCUACUUGACCCAGGAAGCCUGCUGAAGCUCUACUGCAGCACCAACCACAGCCUUGCUAUCACAUGGUAUAAGGAAGCCAAGCAGCUUUUCCCAAGUGGACGCAUCCACAUGCGGCAGAGCAUGCUGGAGAUUUCUGAAGUCACUUACGAAGAUUCAGGGCUGUACUCAUGCCGGGCACGGAGCACUGGGGAAAGCCUGCAUAACUUUACCAUCUCUGUUGUGGAUUCAUUGGCCUCGGGUGACGAUGAUGAAGACAGUGAUGCAGACAGUGCCCAUGUCGAUUCCAACGAGGAGCCCAUACACACCCGGCGAGCUCCCUACUGGACGCAUCCCCAUCGAAUGGACAAGAAGUUGUACGCAGUCCCGGCAGGAAAUACAGUCAAGUUCCGCUGCCCAGCCUCAGGGAGCCCCAACCCAACCAUCCGCUGGCUGAAGAAUGGGCGGGAAUUCCGAGGGGAGCACCGUAUUGGCGGGAUCCGGCUGAGGCAUCAACACUGGAGCUUGGUCAUGGAAAGUGUGGUACCCUCCGACCGAGGCAACUACACUUGCCUGGUAGAGAACAAGUUUGGCAGCAUCCGCUACAGCUACUUCCUGGAUGUGCUAGAGAGAUCCCCGCACAGACCAAUCUUGCAAGCCGGCCUGCCUGCCAAUACCACAGCAGUGGUGGGCAGCAACGUGGAGUUCUUUUGCAAGGUCUACAGCGAUGCCCAGCCCCACAUCCAGUGGCUCAAGCACAUUGAAGUGAAUGGGAGCAGCUACGGCCCAGACGGAGUCCCCUACGUGCAAGUGCUUAAGACGGCAGAUAUUAACAGUUCAGAGGUGGAAGUGUUGUACCUGCACAAUGUCUCCAUGGAAGAUGCUGGUGAAUACACGUGCCUGGCAGGGAAUUCUAUCGGCCUCUCCUACCAGUCGGCCUGGCUUACUGUGCUUUCAGAUGAAGAACAAUUGCAAGAGGUGAUUGCCCCUGAAAUCAAGUACACCGAGAUCAUUAUCUACACUUCGGGGUGUUUAGCUGUCGCAAUGGCUAUCGUCAUUGCUAUUUUGUGCCGGAUGCAAAUGCAGACAAACAAGCAGCCCCUGGAGCCCAUGGCUGUCCACAAACUCUCCAAAUUCCCACUCAUCCGGCAGUUCUCCCUGGAAUCAAGCUCGUCUGGGAAGUCCACCACGUCACUGAUGCGCGUCACCCGCCUCUCAUCAAGCUGCACACCCAUGCUGGCUGGGGUCAUGGAAGUGGAGCUGCCGCUGGACUCCAAGUGGGAAUUUCCACGAGACAGGCUGGUGUUGGGCAAGCCACUAGGCGAGGGCUGUUUUGGACAGGUGGUGAGAGCAGAAGCCUAUGGGAUUGAUCAAGAACGGCCAGAGCACCCCAUCACUGUUGCUGUCAAGAUGCUGAAAGAUAAUGCCACUGACAAGGACUUGGCCGACCUCAUCUCAGAAAUGGAAAUGAUGAAACUGAUGGACCAGCACAAGAAUAUCAUCAACCUGUUGGGUGUCUGUACACAGGAUGGGCCUCUCUAUGUGAUUGUGGAGUUUGCUGCCAAGGGGAACUUGCGGGAGUACCUGCGUGCUCGUCGCCCUCCCACACCUGAUUACACCUUCGAUAUUACCAAGAUGCCUGAGGAGCAGCUGUCUUUCAAAGACUUGGUCUCUUGUGUCUACCAGGUGGCACGUGGCAUGGAGUACCUGGAGUCCAAACGGUGCAUUCACCGGGACCUGGCUGCUCGCAACGUCCUUGUCACAGAAGAGAAUGUCAUGAAAAUUGCUGAUUUUGGCUUGGCCCGCGGAGUUCAUGACAUAGAUUACUACAAGAAAACCAGCAACGGCCGUCUGCCAGUAAAAUGGAUGGCGCCAGAGGCCCUCUUUGACAGGGUGUACACGCACCAGAGCGAUGUGUGGUCCUUUGGAAUUCUGAUGUGGGAGAUCUUUACAUUGGGUGGUUCCCCAUAUCCGGGCAUCCCCGUGGAAGAACUCUUCAAACUCCUGAGAGAAGGCCACCGCAUGGACAAGCCCUCCAACUGCACCCAUGAACUGUACAUGAUGAUGAGAGAAUGCUGGCAUGCUGUGCCUUCCCAACGGCCCACCUUCAAGCAGCUAGUGGAGGGACUGGAUAAGGUCCUGGUGGCUGUCUCUGAAGAGUACCUGGACCUGUCGAUGCCCUUUGAACAGUAUUCCCCAUCCUGCGAGGACACUACCAGCACCUGCUCCUCUGAUGACUCAGUCUUCACCCAUGACCCUCUGCCCAUCACUCCUUGCCUCUUCCCCUAUCACAAUGUGAGGACAUGAGGACAGGGGCAGGCCGUGGACCCCAGGGAGUGUUUUGUGGUUGUCUUCUUCUGUUCCUAGAGGAUUAUGCAGCUUGGGAACAGAAGUUCUCACAUUGUCCCUGGUGGAGGAAAGAGUUGGGAGCCGCCUAUCAGCAAAGGCCCAAGAGUCUGCAUCCCAAGCUUCUGGAGCCUGCUGGACAUAAGCAACCCAAGGUUCCCCAGCGAGGACAGGUUGCUUUCCUUGUAAACUUCUGCAGGUGCUCCUGCCACUCCUGUUGGUGCUUCCAUGCCCUCUGUAAUCUCAGGUUCCUUCAAAGCUGUUGCUCUAGCUGAGCCUUGGAUGCCACCAGCUGCCUGGAGAAGUAGGACCAGAUGAGCAGGGAGGAACCUAAUCCUGGGGAGAGGAGCACUUUCUACGUGCCUGUGCUCCUACCCAAGCUGUGGGACCUUCUCCCCAGCCACAGGGCACCCUGCUUGUUUGUUUGACACUAUUCCCAAUUAAUAAUAUUUUUUAUAAAAUCUCAUUCUUUGGCAGGAGCCAGCCAGCUUUCUCAGGCCACCCAUCCUCAUCCGGACACAUGGCCAACAAGGACAGAAAUCCAACACAGGGCAUGGACCUUCCCUUCUGGCUCCUGCUGCCCCUUGUACAUAACCCUAGAGAUAAAUAUUUAUGUACAUAUCAUUUCUAAUGCACAUGAAUUAUCUACACCCAUAAAUUAUU